AUGAACGCAUACAAACCCCCGAGUGACAAUGCCCGAAAGGUGUGGAACCAUGAGUUCACCUGGACGGGUAAACAUUUCACGCCCGAAGAGCUGCUCCCGUUAAGACAUCAGGCCGAUGAUCUUGCCGUUGAUGCUGUGGACCGACUGCAAGCUAUUUCCAUAAAGAGCAAGCAAAGCAAUACGGGGCAAUGUUUUGGCCGAUUUGGCAUGUAUAGUGUUUUGAAGGAACAUCAUGAAGAAGACAGCGUGUUACGAGAACUCUGGGAAGAAGUGAACACAGUCCCUGAAUGGGUUGAUUGGACACAAAUUGAGCGCGGACAAGAAUUUCUUUAUCGCUACUUGAUACCCAAUAUUACUGGACUUGCCCUUCAGGGAUUUCUAGGGGGCACUGCGACAAUUGCAGGUGGAACAGAAGUCCUUAUUAGAACAGGAGGCUUUUCUCUUCGGGUCAUGCCUAGGCGAUUCCUCGAAACUUUCCUGUGGCUGCUGCAGGUGACAAUGGAUCUGGAUUCAAUUAAACCAGGUGGAGAGGGACACACUUCGACCGUGCGUGUUCGCCUACUACACGCUACAGUCCGGAGCCGCAUGCUGAAGCUCAUGGACCAAGACCCGACGUACUUUGAUGAAUCCAAGUAUGGCGCAGCUGUUAAUAUGAGAGAUUCAAUCCAUGCGACAGCUAUCUUCUGCUGCAUGCCGCUCUUCCGUCAACUACCUAAGAUCGGCAUCCAGCCUCACCCACGUGAGAUGGAGGAUUACCUGGCGCUGUUCCGAUAUAUCGCCUAUGUUAUGGGGACUCCAGACAGCUUCUUCAAGGGCACUGAACAAUCAAAGGCCACUAUGGAGAGUAUUAUGAUGUGCGAGCCUGAGCCAACAGAGUCCUCCAAGUCUAUUGGAGCGAAUUUCGUCACUGCUAUCCAGGAUUAUCCAGGGGUUAAUGUGUCCAAGCCAAUGCUCGAGGUUGGUUGCCGUGUAUUAAACGGCGAAGAGUUGGGAGAUAAGAUGGGGUUUUCCCGGCCUAGAACAUUUUACAGGGUCUCAUUCAGAGGCUGGUGCCAACUUCUUGUGUUUAUUACCGUUCUUCAGCGGUUGUCCCCAGCCUUUGAUCGAAUACUUAUGAAGGCGAAGGUCAAAGCAGUUCGUGCUCGUCAACGUGUUUGGGGCGUCGAUUUUGAAAGAAGGCAACAAAUUCGAGUUCACUUACCACCCACAAUUGAAUAA